AUGUCAUCAGAGCUGGCGUAUGAAGCAUCUGAUGAGGCUUCUGAGAAUGAACUGUUGGAGAGGAGCUUGUCCGUGUGGAAGGGCUGGACCUCCAUAGAAUGGGAGGAUUUUGCUCCAACAGCGCUGGAUAUUCAUACAGCUUGCAGUAUUGGUCACUAUGAAUGGGUGCGCUCCAUUAUUCUCAAGGGUGAAGACCCAGCUUUGGACAGAAGGAACCACGGAGGAUGGACCCCACUGAUGUACGCCUGCUACAUCGGGCAUGACAACAUUGUCAACCUGCUCAUCAAUGCAGGCUGCAACAUGAACAUGAAGAACUCACGAGGGCACACUCCGCUGAUGCUGGCUGCCAGCUGCGGCAACGAGAGUGUGGCCCGGACUCUAGUCAGGAGAGGGGCGGAGCUGGAGCUCACAGACAAGACUGGUUGGACAGCCCUGUUCCAUGCCACCUACGCAGGCCAUCAGAACUUUGUGGCUUUUCUCUUGGAGGCUGGGGCCAACAAGGAUGCCAUAGAGGCCAGCUCAGGCAUGACUCCAUUCAUGGAAGCUGCAGCAGCAGGUCAUGAAAUCAUUGUGCAGCUCUUCCUGCAGCACGGUGUGAACACCAAUGCCAAGGCCCACAAUGGAGUAAUGGCUCGCUCGCUGGCUCUGAUGAAUGGCCACAUGAAGGUCAUCAGUCUCAUAGACAACCAUGUGAUGCCUGUGUCCUGCUUGAGGCCACAGCCUGGUCCUGAUUGCUACCGAACAUCUAAAGAGACCCAGUCUAGAAAGCAGCUUCCAUCGGUCCACAGUCGUCGUCUAAAACCCCAGAGCCCAAGCAUCAGAGAAGGACCAGAGGCCAUCGCUAGAAUGAUUGACAGAACCCGAAAUAAGGACACUGUUGCAUAUCCUAAUUUGUUGGUUCCUAAGGGAUAUGUGACAUUUCCCAUAAAUGGUGCUGAUAAAGAGGACACUAAAAUGUCCUAUCGAGAUGUGACGUCCCCGAUUAAUCCAGAGGAUUACAAGGAUAGUUCUGGAAGCAGGGCCAUGUCGGAUCUGGAAGAUUUUAACGAUGACAGCAAUGCUUUCACCAAGACGGGAGCCAUCACCAUCAGGAGCAGUUCUAGCUCCAGUGGAGGACUGGUCGCUGCCUUGGGACUGAGUCGUGAGGGCAGCCUCGACAGCGAUGAUUCACACUUAUUUGAGCCAGCAGCCACUUCGUCUGAUGAUGCUGCUGAAUUUCCUGACAUUACAUUUGAAAAUAAUAGAGGCAGAACUGUUUCUUUAAAUGAAAAUAAUCUCUGUACAGAUGAGAAGCCUUAUCUCGGAGAUAGUCGUUUAAAUGCUCGUGUUUGUGAUAAGGAAAACAUAAAGCCUGAUUGUAACAUGGUGCAGCUUUCCGCUGUAAAAACUGGUAAAAGUGGUUUUAAUUUGAUUGAAAAUGGUGGCGGCAGUCUGAGGCAGAAUUCUCUAGUGGCGUCCCCUGUACAGGAUUACUUCCCUUUACACUCACCUGUCCCAGGUGGGGAUACUGCUGCACCGUCUGACAAAUGUCAAGGUCAUCAGCAUGAAUCCUCUAUGCCGUCCAGCUCUCAUCAGUCCCCACUGACGGCAUCCGACUCUUGUUUGUCACUGCCAAAAGAUAACAUGUCUCAGGUGGAAAUUGUCAAUCGGUUCCUCAGAAACUUAACCGUGAACAACCCAGAAACAGCUCCGGAUCAGCACCGAUGGGCAGAUGAGCCCAGUAGCAAACAGACAUUGUGUGAUUAUCGGGAGACAGAAGCACACCUGAUGGAGAACCUGACAACCACUGCUUCGGAGGUGAUCCCUGGGAUGAGACGAUACUCCUUGUCCGCAUGUGCUGACAGUAAAAUUGUUGAAUAUAAAUGUAAGGAUGGCACAUUAAAUGUGGAGUCCGCUCACAGCAGCAUCGCCGGUUCAUCGUUAGAUGUUCCACAGACAGAAUUUUUUGAUGGUUUACUAGAACCGUCUUUAAAAGAUACCGGUUCAGUGGAUGUUCAGGGACAACCCUUUCCACGAUCAAAACCUAGCCAUCAUCAAAGGGACCCUUUCGAUCACAAAUCCAACCAGCCUUGGGCACAACACCCACAGUUGAAUCAUCACCAUCCUCUACAUAAUCGCCAUCUGCUUAGCCACGUUCCACUUUCACAUCAUCAGCGAGCAGACAGUCCGGGAGGGAGUGUGAGGCACACUUCUGCAAGCAUGAACACUGCUCCUAUGACUUCCUCUCAGUCGUUAAUCACAAACCACACUGAAAGCCCAGAACCAUUUCUCCAUCUACCCAAGGAGUACUUCUUUGGUGAUGUUCAAAUGUCUGGUCAUUCUGCUCAGAAUAUGUUGACAGGAGCACAGAAUGCAGCCUCAGCAACUCAAGUAGACACUGCUGCUUCCCAGCAAAAUUUUGUUAGAAAACUGUCAACUAGUCAUUAUACAUCACCUCAGUGUGACAGUUCUACUGCUGACAAUACUGUCCAGAAAUUGCCUGGGAUUGGUGAACCUCUGGGAUCUUUAAACACGGUUCAGUCUCCACACAUGCAGGGAGGCCAGUUCAACAAGUUGGCCAGCCAACAGACACUGUCACCUCACAGUACUGGCCAGGUGGCUUUAAACCCCACAGAUUCUCAUACAGACCAUCAGCCUUCACCUGGGCUAGCUUCAGUCACCUCAGGAAAUCAUUUCCCACCUCCACCACAUACUGCUUCUGCACUGUCGACUUCACCAGCCACCAUCAUAAUCCCCGGCCACACCACCUCACAGCCCGUCAGCAGCACCAUCGGCUGGGACCAUGAGGGUGGGUCCCUGAACUUUGGCCCCCGGGAUCUGGGGGAGAUGUUGAGCCAGCUGGGUCUCACCAAGUACCUGGACAAGUUUGAGCAGCAGGACGUGGACUUGCAGGUGUUUCUUUCCAUGACAGACAAUGACCUCAAGGAGCUGGGAGUCAAGUUGUUUGGGCCCCGGAAGAAGAUGACCAAUGCUAUAGCUCGCUGGCACAGCAGCGCCCCCAUCGCCAGCAGCAACCUGGAGCAGGCAUAUGCGGACAAGCUGGAGGCUGAGAUGCAAGAGAUGGCCAUACAGUUGAACCAG